AGAAGCUCAACGUCGUCAGUGCUUAUCGAACUCGCGUCGACUGUAGUUUAGUGGUAAGAAAUAUAUACGAGGUAUAAAGAGAGAACCUGCGUGCUUCGCGACGCGCAUAACGCCCAUGCACGUCAUCAAUUUUUUACGAAAGUCUCGCGUCGUCCUAAGAACCAGAGUCAUAGAAAAUACAGGCUGCGAUUCGAGGCUCCGGAAUUUCUUCAGGGACUCACGAGCAAUGGAGGUGGUUUCGGGUCUGACCCAUAUAGAGGUCACGAACGACGACCCCAUCGUACUUUUUAAAAACUGGCUGGAAGAGGCGCGUUCAUUUUCUACCCCCAUGCCGAGAGCUUUUUGUCUGGCGACCGCAUCCGGCUGCGGGAAAGUCAGCGCUCGCCAUCUACUUCUCGGCAGAUUAGACGACGACGGUUUCGUAACGACGACCAACGGACGCAGCCCUAAAUCCCAAGAUUUGAGCGAAGUUCCAUCGGCAGCGAUGUGUUUUCAUUGGGCUUACAGAAGGGAAAACGGUGAAACGGUCUCGCGACAGGUGCGAAUAGAAGGUACCGUUACCAAACUCGGAAGAGAAGAGUACGAGGAUAUCUACGAAAAAUCCGAUAUUUCGUACAAAAUUCGAGAUCACAUUUGCGAGCAAAGUUCACCGGUCGAUUGGAACGAACUGAAAGCUUCACACGAUCGAAUGUUGGAGAAAAUCAAAAGCGAAGGAGUCGCUCCACCGAUGCCCGAGCACACCGCUGGCUAUAAAUUGUUUCCCUCGUCGAUGGAAUUUUACUACGCAAAAGGCCGACUGAUAGCGGAUCGAGUUUUGUUCUUGAAAAAUCCGAAGGCCUCCGACUGGACCCACCACCACCUAGCCGCAUGAAGAUCGAAAAUUUGUCCAUUGAAUAUUAUUUGUAAAUUCUCCAACGAAAAAAAUUCUCCUUAAAUUUGUAAAUUGGAAAUUUUACCGGGCAGCUGGCAGUCCUCGAGUCUCACUUAAGUACUCGGUAUUUUCCAACAACCGAAUAGCGGUACAGAAGCAGGUAUGGACAUACCUGGUCAAAUUUUCGCGUCCGAACAAACAAUUUUUCGAACCGUAAAUCCGUGCAAGCCGACCAUAGAGGAGUAGGCACCGAUAUUUAGGGACGGAAAAAUUGUUCACGAAAUUUAUUUCGCCACGUUGAAAAUUUCAUCCAAUUCCAGGGAGUCAGAAAUUGUGACUCCGUUGCCGGCUGACCGAGAAAAAAAAGAAUCGAGAUAAAAUUUAACUUCGUACAUUUCUUGAAAAUCAGAA